GUUCUUUUUUUUUUCUUUCGUUCUUUUUUUUCACUUUUGAAGGUAUCUCAUCAUGAUGCCUUCAGACUAUCGUAACAAUUUUUCUCCUUCUAUGCGUCCAACUUCAGAUAUUUUGAAAACAAGAAGUGUCUAUUCCGAACAUUCUGAAAAGCUGAAUAAUUGGUAUGAAGACUUGCAACGAUAUGAAAAAAGUCUUGAAGAUAUGGCAGCUGUGACUCUUGAUCAGAAUUUCAAAGAAGAAUUACAACAUGUCGAUCAAUGGUUUUGUUACUUGUCCAUUGCAGAACGUACUGCUACUAUAUAUACUUUAUUACAACAUUCUUCGCCUGUUCAAACUCGAUUCUUUAUGAAUAUAUUACAACAACAAAAACGCGACUCUAUAUUGACUUUGUCUGAUCAAGAUACGUCACCAUUUUAUCAGGCUGAAAAAGAAGCAAGUCAACGCUUAAUGAAUAUGAUUCCUUUCAAGACUGGUAAUAAUCCUCUAUCAACUCCAAAACAACCAUCUUAUGACCGACAUUCUAUUGCAUUUGGCGACAUGGAUGAUUUUAAUAUGCCUGGAUUAUAUAAAAAUCAAACUGGAAGUAACCAACAACUCAAUGUACCACGGCACACUCAUUCUACAACAUUGGUAUCACCAAGAACUUCAGUUUAUCCAAGAUCUUCGGCGCGUUCACGACCUUCUUCUGACAUUGACUCCUCGCCUGAUGUUUUCUCUACUUGGCGAUCCUCUAUGGUGGGAAGUAUUGGUGAUAGAAAUUCUAUCAUUGAACAAAAAUCUCUCGAUCUUUUUGGUGAUGGAAAUGAUUCUUAUGUAUCUAUGGCAUCAGGUGGCAGUGGAUUUCAACCUUGGGGUCUUCCUUCCAAUUUACCAUUUAGUGAUUCUAUUCAUUAUCAUGACAAGCCUCUACCUCACAUUGGAACAGUGAAGGAAAACGAUGAACAAUCAGGUUUAUUUUUGGAUCAACAUUAUCAACAACAUCGGACUCCACCAAAUCAACAACCUGUCAACACAAAGAUACGGACGACUGCGACAACAACGGCAGCAUUAUCAUCCACCGCUCCAUUGUCACCUACUUCUGCCUUUACAAAAUAUUAUUCUGCAUCACGAACGACGACAUCACCUGCUUCAACACCAACAAACUAUAAUAGAUCAAAAUCAUCCACUUCAAAGACACAAAAACAAGUACCAAACAAAAGUUUCGGCACCUUUUUGGAUCCUAAGGAUGCUUACCCAGAAGACCAUGAUUACUAUAGCGAUCACAGUGAUACAUCUCAGCAUAGUAGACAAAGUACUGGUACCUUACAAAAUGGGCAAAAAUAUCACUCAUCAAGACAACAGGGCAAAUCAAAAGAAAAGAAGACAGUAGAUUCUGUUGUUGAUAUGGAACUCCUGAAUGAUGUGCCUGGUUGGUUCCGAAGUUUACGAUUGCAUAAAUACAAUGCUAUUUUUGAAUCUAUGCGAUGGCAAGAUAUCAUACGACUUUCCGAUCAAGAUCUUCAAACCAAAGGUGUAGCUGCUCUGGGUGCUCGAAGAAAGAUGCUCAAAGUGUUUGAAACUGUACGAGAUCAUUGUACAAAAAAUGAUAUUCCAUAUUGAUCAAAUAUAUAUAUAAACAUUUUGCCGGACAAGAAUGUUUCAAUCGAUUAACCUCCUCCAGAUACACACAUACUAUAGUCUUAUUCACAGUAGAUAUAUCAACUAUCCGUAUAUUCCCAACUCCAAGAUCACCCCUUUUUUUUUUUUUUCUAACACGAUAUCAUAUUAUGAGAUAAUAAUAAAAAUAAUAAAACAAAGUAUAUCAAUCUUUUCGCUGAUAAUCAGCCCCUAUAUUUUUGUUUUCACAGCAUUGAUGC